AUGGCUGAAUUAUAUGAUCAAGUUUCCCAAUAUAUAGGCUUCGAACCUAAUGAAAUCUGUCUCCUGAUUACAGAAGAGGAUAGGCAAAUGUUUCAAAGAAUAAUAUCAGAACAGGAGGGAAUGGAAGAUAUUAUAAUAGAUGACUAUCAAUUUUUACUACAGCAUAGUUAUAAUG